AUGUCGAAUGACCACUGCAGCUCACCAUCGCUUAUACCUCGCCCGGUUGCUGUAAAUUCAGUGCCCAGGAAAGAAAGCCUAGAUGCGGGCUCUAAUACUCAAAAUCCUGAAACAAGCACAGAACAUCUCCGUAAGGAUAUCGGCCCUAAAACCGAGGAUGGAGUAGUCAAUGGAUAUGAGAAAUUGGCGCUCUCCCUUCGCGAUUGUGACUGGGAACAGCUGCAGAAAAAGUUUACAGAUGCGAUGGAUGAAAGAUCCCAGGCAGAAAUGGUUCUACAGAGAGAAACUGCCGAAUUACUUGAGAUGUUCAUCGCCUGGUCACAAACGACAGCCUACCGUGAUGAAGAUAGAGCAUACAAGAGGUUCAAAACACGAAUGGGGUUUGCCCAGAAUUCUGAAGCUAAAUUGGAAGAAAAAAAGAAACACUAUGCGAAUGUUGUGAGAGCUUUUGAAGAUGCUCUUGCACUCCUCCGGGUGGAUUAA